AUGGGCCAGCUCGCGCUUCUCUGGGCGGCCACUGCCCUUGUCGCGACGGCCGCACGCGCCGCCGCCGCCGCCGCCGCCGCGGCGCCCGGCGCCCCUUUCCUGCCCCCCGGCGGCGGCGCGCCGCAGCCGGAGCUCCGCGUCUUCGACUGCCCCGGCGUCGCGCGCGCAAACAACUGGCUGAGCGGCACCAUCCCCGCUGAGCUGGCGCGCCUUGCGGGGCUGAGGGUGCUCGAUCUGGGCGGCAACUUCCUGCGGGGGCCCCUUGGGGCCUGGGUGGGCGGCCUCUCGGCGCUAGAGGUGCUGAGCCUGGGGCCAAACAUGGGGGUCAGCGCAGGCGGGCCAGGGGCGGGGGCGGGGCGGGAGCUGCGGGGCAUCACGGGCACGCUGCCGGCGGCGCUGGCGGGCCUGACGCGGCUCGUGGAGCUGAACCUGCAGACCAACUCGAUUUCAGGGACCAUCCCAGAGGCCCUCUGCGGCCCAACCUCGCGCCUGCGAGAGCUCAGCCUGCGCAGCAACCGCAUCAGCGGCCCCGCGGCGGCCGUCACGCGCUGCCACGAGCUCUCGUCCCUAGACCUUUCAAACAAUCUGCUUACGGGCAGCCUGCCCGCCACGGCGAACUGGACGCGCUUAGUGUCGCUGCUGCUGCAGGGCAACCAGUUCAGAGGGGGGGUGCCGCGUGACCUCUACCUGACCCCCAUACUGUCGUACCUUGACAUUAGCGACAACAAGCUGGAGGGGCCGCUGGACGACCGCAUCAGCCUGCUGACCUACCUCACGACGUUCAACGCGGCCGGCAACAGGCUGAGCGGCGCGCUGCCGCAGGGCGUCUUCAACCUGCCGCAGCUGGCGGCCCUGGACCUGGGGGGCAACAUGCUCACGGGCACGGUGCAGCCGUCCCUCGGCCUCGCCUACAGCCUGCGCGACGUGUCGUUUGCCGGCAACCAGGGGCUGAUAGGCAGCCUCCCUCAAGAGGCCGGAGCCCUCCCAACCCUACGCCGCGUCGACCUCCGCAACACAAGCAUGUCAUGCAUCCCCGCGGACGCGGCCCUUGCGGCCCGCCAAGCCGCCGCCGCCGCCGCCGACCCGCAGUCGUCGCCGCCGCCGCAGCAGCAGCAGCCCUGCCCCGCGGAGGCGCUGCUGCCUUGCUUCCUGGAGUUCGGCCCGUUUGACGCGCCACGCGGCGACGGCGGCGGCCUGCGCUGCCACACGAUCCGCCGCAAGCGGCCGGACGCGGCGGCGGCGAGCUGCCCACCGGCGGCCCGCAGGCCCUUGGGGGAGCGUGGGCGGGCCGCGGCUGACGGCGGCGCCGCCGAGAAGGGGCUACUGGACGCCAUCGGCGAGCAGUGGGAUCUGCCGCCUGCUUACUACCAGUACCAAGGCUGCUCGUGCGUCCAAGGUUACCGGGAGCAGUGGGGCGAGGGCGGGACGGCCCUGACGUGCGCCUCGGACCGCGGCCCGCUGGCGGCCUGGGCGUGGGCGCUGGUCGCCCUCGGCGGCGCGCUGCUGCUGCUCGCGGCGGCGCUGGCGCUGGCCGCCGGCCGCUGGGUGCUGCUGAGGAGCCGUUGGGCGCGGGAGGCGGAGCUGCAGCGCAAGCGCGCGCGGAGGCAGCCUGUUCACAGCGUGCAGGACGACCACUGA